CCCCUCCUCUUCCAAAUCUAGGGUUAGGUUUCCUUCUCUUCUCCCUUUCCCGUCGUCGCCGCCAUCUCGCUCCCGGUCGUAGCGCAUCCACUCCGCCGCCACCGCCGCCGCCGCCGCCCAUCGCCCUCACUAACGGCGCCACCGCCGUGACGCCCUCGGAGAAGAAGAAGAAGUGCGCCGAGCUGACGAAGUGCUGCAGGGCGUGCCGGCCCUACUACGUCGCCGUCGACGACCACCCCGGUUACUCCUGCACCAUCGUCUGAUCGCGAGCCACAGAUCUAACCCGCUGCUACAUUCUCUGGCCUUCUAGGCUCUGCAGAUUCGCGUGUAAAUCGUGUUCAUCGGUUUCAAAGAUUCAGCCUUGAUGCUAUUCACACUCCUCUCUUCUCUGAAUCUUAAAUCUUUUCCUACUUAUUGCGUCGUUUAUGCUGGGCAGUCGUGGAAAUGCAAUUGUGAAGACUGUGCCUUUGCAAGAAACGCCAAGGCCAUCCUAUUCAGAUUUCAGUGGUUAAAUCCAGCAACAAGUUUAUAAGUUUUUCUUUGUUUGCUCGUGCUAUCGAACAAGUUCAAGAAUUGCUGCAGUCCGCUGCUUUGCAGCUUUCGUAUUGAGUUAAUAAUCAACACCUGGUUUCAAAGAGAAAAAAAAUCAAUCGAUAUCAUUUUUUCCUGGAGUUGCACAUCUGGCGCUUGCAGCAUUUUUUUAAGUUCUAGCUUGUGCUUAUUCAGUAUGUUAAAAAAAUGCCAAACAAUUAUGGCAACCAGAAUUUUUCAAGAUCAUUCGUUCAAUGUGGUUCGCUGAUAGUCUGAUACACACUUUGUUUUAGGUACCAUCCACAUAAACCUAUAACAGUUGGAAUUGGCACAGUAUAAUAGUGUUGUAACUAUAUCUUAAUUGCUUCUCUUGUGCAAACUAGUUCCUUUUCUCAUAUUAGGUUUUCCCUCAUUUUUACCCCCUGUUAUAUUUUAACUGAAUCAGCACUACAACUUUCUUUUUUGUAACAAAAAGAUAUAGUGACCAAGAAGGUAACUAUGAAACUAUACCAUUUCUUGCUGCUUGAAGAUAUAUAACUGCUUGCUGUUCUUUCACAUGAGAAUACCAUUUCUUGGAUAUAGUAAUUUUGUAUGCUUAAUUUGAAUUGUUACUAAUACUAGUAUCUGUUCACCCUAGGAUGUUACUUUAUUUCGCAUACCAUGCAUAUAAUAUGUGAACAAAUCUUAUACAUUGUUUUUUUAUUCUUUGGAAUAAUGCUCUCUACCCUUGAACUGGAAUCGGAAGACAUUGGAUUAGAGCUUAGGAUCAUGCUCUGAUAGAAACCACUCAAAAUGCUCUCCCUUUGCUUAUUGACUUUCUGAAGUUCAAACUCUUGCUAUACCCUUGUGUGUAUUUUUAUCGUGCCGCAUUUGUGCAUGGUGACUAAUCAUCUGAUAGCUUCAUCUCUGAAUCCUAGCAGUCUGCCUCAGAUUCAAUGCUCAGAUUCUCAAGUAAAAGAUAUUUUUGUCUUUAUCUAAGCUUAUUUUUUGGACUAUCUCAUUCAGUUACAAUAAUGAAAUACUCUAUAUCAGAUACAUGUUUGUAUUCCGACGGUACAAGCUGAUGUUAUCAGCCUGGUUUAUCAUCUUUUUAAAAUGUCAACAAAUCUGUGGUCGUGUGAUCUGUAUGCAUGGUACUUUGUCCUUUGAAAGACUAUGGGAUAACCGUGUAUCGCUAUGUCAGUUUGGCUUGGGCACAUGAUUACCAAUGGGAAUUUUCUGAACAAUUUCAUCCUCAUUUGUAUUAUUUUCCCUGUUGAGCUGAGCUUGAUCUGAAGCUACUCGCCUGUUUCUAAUUCUUUUUAGGAUGCAGUUUGAAUUACGGAACUUGCAGGGUCUGGUAUUCUAAGAAAAACUGAAUUACCAAUUGCUGCCGGAAGGACAACUUCAGAUUUCGGCCCGGGUCAUCUGGCCCAACCACGCACCACUGCCACUGCGGCAGCAACAUCUCCCUUCGUAUUCUCUCCUCUCUCGGCGGCGGAAGGUUUGGUGGGAGAUGGCGCCACCGGGAUCGCGGCGGUGGGCGUGCGUGCGGGUGAUGACCGGGACCAUCCUCGGCGGCGCGCUCGGCUUCUACGUCAUGCACCGCCUCGAGACCUCCCACAAGGCGAAGAUGGAGGAGAGGCUGCGCAAGUACGAGGCGCACAUGAGCAUGGUCGCCAAGGGGAAGGAGGAGGCGCAGCAGCGGCUGCAGGACGAGGCGGCGCUGCAGCACAAGGACCAGGCCCGGCUCUUGCCGGACUCAUGACCUUCAUUUAGAGUAAUACCUAGCGGCUCAGAGCAGUCCCAGAUCCUUUCUUCAGAAGUAGAUGAGAAAUAACAACCAGCAUGUACUUGAGAAAUAACAAUCCGGCAUUCCUGGCAUUAUUUGAACGCGGCAAGUGUUUUGUUUGAAGAAUGUGAAAAGAAAAAAAAAGCUCCUUUUUUAGUCUUAUUGUAACUGUAACAGCAAGUUGUAGGUUCAGAUGAACAUCUAUAAGAAGGUGGGAAGUGACAUUUGUAACUGUAUGCUUAAGUGUCUGUUACCCUGCGACUAACCGUAAAUUCGAAAUAUCACUAAAAAGGUUGCCAA